AUGAAGGGCCACGGCAUCACAAAGGACUCCAAGACCGAGAUCAUCAUCAUCUGGGCCAACCCCGGUAACGGUGCUGCUACCACCACCAUCAACGAGAAGGUCACCGUCACCCAGACCGUCACCGCCGGUGCUGGCGGUGCCACCGAGGCCCCUGCAGGAGAGCCUGCUGCUACUGCUCCCGCUGAGCCUGCAAAGCACACCGUCACUGUUGGUGGCCCUGGCGGUUUGGUCUUCCAGCCUGAGGAGCUUGACAAUGUGCCCAUCGGUGACACCGUCAUCUUUGAGUUCCUCGCCCAGAACCACACCGUCUCUCAGUCUGCUUUUGAUACCCCUUGUGAUAUCCUCGAGGGCGGUAUGGACUCUGGCUUCAUGGCCAACCCCAACAACACUGUCUCUCCUCCUCCUCAAGUCGCCAUGCAAGUUAUGGUUGACACCCCUCUUUGGUUCUACUGCAAGCAGGGCAACCACUGCGGUCAGGGCAUGGUCUUCUCCAUCAACCCCACCGCCGAGAAGACUCACGCCAAGUUCAAGGAGAUGGCCAUCCAGCAGAAGGGUACGGGUGAACAGACCCCCAUCACCGGCGGCAAGCCCGCUGAGCAGCCCGCUGCCGAGAAGCCCGCUGCCUCUCAGCCUGCUGCCGAACAACCAGCUGCUGAGAAGCCCGCUGCCACCGAGACUGCCAGCGCACCCGAGAACACUGGCUACGUGCCCGGCAAGGGUCAGCUCGGCAGCGAUGGCAGCUGCACCUGCGUCGUGUCCUGCUCCGCCGGCUCGUUCCCCGCCGCCAACGCUCAGGGCAUCGGUGCCUUUGGCGGCAUGGCUGGUGGUCUCCCCAUGAAGAUGGCCGGUCUCAGCUAA